AUAUGCGUUGCAUGGAGCUAGCCUCGCUCCAGAGGAAGAUUUACACUCUCUAGGGUUAAGACAGUGUACGCUGCAGUGCUCUGUCGUUUAUUCCCAAUGGAGGGCACAAUUUUCUCUUGCGUGAUUCUAGGUCUAGCGGUGAUGGUCGGCGUCGUGACUCCCGGAGUCGACGCGGCGCGCGCUUUCUUCGUCUUUGGGGACUCAUUGGUCGACAAUGGUAACAACAACUACCUCGCCACCACCGCCAGGGCCGACUUGCCACCUUACGGCAUCGACUAUCCGACUCAUCGGCCCACCGGCCGCUUCUCCAACGGGCUGAACAUUCCCGACCUUAUCAGUGAGGCGAUUGGCUCCGAACCCACGUUGCCAUACUUGGAUCCCGAGCUCAACGGAGAGAACUUGCUUGUCGGCGCCAACUUUGCUUCUGCGGGAAUCGGAAUUUUGAAUGACACUGGAAUUCAGUUCAUUAACAUCAUCCGAAUCUUCCAGCAACUGCAAUUCUUCCAACAGUACCAGCAAAGGGUUGCUGCGCUCAUUGGAGAAGAACAAGCUCAGCAGCUAGUGAGCAACGCCCUCGUGCUGAUCACCCUCGGCGGCAACGACUUUGUCAACAACUAUUACUUGGUGCCUUUCUCCGCCCGGUCCCGCCAGUUCUCCCUCCCCGACUACGUCGUCUACCUCAUCUCCGAGUACCGCAACAUCUUGGCCAGGCUGUACGAACUAGGAGCGCGGAGGGUCCUUGUGACUGGUACCGGGCCGCUGGGCUGCGUCCCGGCCGAGCUGGCUCAGAGAAGCAGGAACGGCGAGUGCGUGGCGGAGCUGCAGCGGGCGGCUGCCUUGUUCAACCCCCAGCUCGUCCAGAUGGUCAGCAGUCUCAACAACGAGAUCGGCUCCAACGUGUUCAUUGCCGCCAACGCGCAGCAGAUGAGCUCCAACUUCAUCAGCAACCCUCGAGCAUUUGGCUUCGUGACGUCGAAGGUGGCGUGCUGCGGGCAAGGGCGCUACAACGGGCUGGGGCUGUGCACAGUGGCUUCCAACCUGUGCCCCAACAGGGACGUCUACGCGUUCUGGGACGCGUUCCACCCGUCCGAGAGGGCCAACAGAUUCAUCGUCCGGGAGAUCCUGACCGGCGACACCAGAUAUAUGUACCCAAUGAACCUCAGCACCAUCAUGGCCUUGGACACCAGGACUUGAAGUCUUUAUCCUGCCUAAAUCUGUCUUUUUAUAUCAUUUUUUUCCUUGAAUUUCCGAUGAAGAUCGCGUACGAUCGUCAUAAACUUUGCUUGCCGAUUCUUGGCUCUCUUUGUUCGGGAGGGGUUUAGGAAGCGAGCUCUCUCUCUCUCUCUGGUGUGGUGGUGUAAUGUCGUUGGAGUAUUUUACAUGUUGUGGUCGACGGUGAAAACAGAGAUUUAUUCAAUAUGGUAAUAAUUUCAAUGUGCUUUCUUCA